UUGCCUUCUCCAAUGGAAAAAACAGUACCAAAAAUAUAUACAUUUAACCUAUUAUAUUUAUCUUGUACGGAUUUCUCUUAUUAUUUUAUUAACUAUAAUACACUUAGUUAAUCAUUUACAAAUUAAUAAAAGAGAAUGGCCAGUUCCGGAAAAGGUACAUUUCAACCGGACUCGGAUGUUCACAUUUCCUACGAAGAUCAACAGAAAAUAAACAAAUUUGCUCGGUUGAACGCCAAAGUAGAUGAUCUUAAAGACGAGUUAAAAGUGAAACAGAACGAUAUGAAAAAUCUAGAGGAAGCCGUAGAGGAACUGACCCUCGCAGACGACACUGAGAAGAUACCUUACCUCGUUGGAGAAGUAUUUAUAUCACUGAGUUUAGAAGAUACUUUGGUAUCUUUGGAUGAAGCAAAGUCAAAAAAGGAAGGUGAAAUAAGUGAAUUAGAAGCAAAGUGUGAAGACCUUAAAUCUCAGAUGAGCGAGCUGAAAGCACAUCUCUAUGGAAAAUUUGGAAGCCAUAUUAAUUUAGAAAAUGAGGAGGACUGAAAUAAAAUAAAGGUGUAGCUUAUUGAACAAUUGGUUUAUUAUGUUAGCAUUUUAAUUUGAAUAAUAAUUAACAUAUACUUUAUAUGGACAACAAAUAUGGCCGUGGGCCUUUCCAAUUUUUCACAUUCUGUACACUGUAUGAUAUAUAUAUAACAUUUCUUAAGCAACUUGCCUAUUUUGCAGAUGUGCUACAUACUAAAUCAUUAAACCACCUACAGUAAUUUACAAACACACUACACAAAUGUCAGUUUCGUAACUGCAUAUGUGCACAGUGUAUGCAGUGCACUGCAACAGGCUGACAACUUUAUACAUUUUUCCAAGAAAAGUACAGAUUUAUGUUUUGCUUUAAGCCCAAAAUACUGUUCUAGAUUUAUUGUCCUUUUAAAGACAAGUUUUUUUUUUUGUAUACGCAAAACUUAAUUGUACUAAAAAUACUGUCAAUGCCGGAACAUUUAUAUUAUAAUUUUACUAAAGACCAUAGUUUCAUUGAUGAAAACAUAUUUAGAUGUAAAAUAAAAAAUACCCCGAAAAUCCCUGAACACAAGCAUAAAAUUACAGAAAAAUAUAUUAAGUACAUAAUUUUACAAAGAUUUAAGAAUACUUGAUUUACAACAUAUAAUGACAUUACAACAUUGAAGUACCCUGCUAAUAAAGCUAUUUAACAACACUGGAACUAAUUACACU